AAUGGCCGAUAAACCAAGUUCGUCUACUCAUGAAAUUACAUAUUUUCUUAACAUCGAAAAUGCCAAAAUUUUGGCUUUUAUUAUGGUUUCGGGGUUCAUUGCCUACCACGGGUUUAUCCAUGUCACAUAUAGCAGUGACACAUGCACAUGGCUUCUGAGUGAUGGACGGUUUCCAGGCUAUGGGGUCUGGCAGCCGUAUGGGUGUAUGGUGCAUAAGUAUACUAGAGAAGACUCCAGGAUGUGCAUGCAUUAUAUAUCAUACUGGGGAGGCCACAACCAUAUCACGUUUCUCGGCGACUCCCGUAUACGACAGCUGUAUUUUGAGUUUGUCAGCCUAUUGAGCAAUCAACCCAUAGAGACGUCCAAGGCGCAUGAGGACAUUCACUUUGUUGAUGAUCACAUCAAUGCCAGGGUGGAUUUCAUCUGGAUGCCGUUUGUGAAUCCAGAGAUGUAUAAGCUGUACAAACAGUGGAUGUUGAAAGCUCCCAGCGAACGGCCUAAUCUUGUGGUUACAGGCAGUGCUACAUGGAGCAUAAAAGAGUUUAAUGGAAGCACUGAGGCCCUAAAGAAUUUUGAAACCAACCUGACCUUCAUAGUUCCAUAUCUAAAGAAGAUGAAGGAGUCAACUGAGAUAGUCUGGACUCUUCAGGAUCCUGUACUUCCAAGCCAGCUGUCCCCCAACAGAUCUAUGAUAACCAAUGCGCAGAUAGAUCACUACAACAAAGUGGCACUGGAAGUGUUCGCCAAGGCAGAGAGUUCAGCCAAGAUUUGGAGCUCGUCCCGUUUAGUUGCCCAGGGUCUGAAGAAAGAACUGGUUGACGGUAUUCAUCUGUCACAAAGUGCUUUAAACUUGGAUGUUCAGAUGUUGAUGAACAUGUACUGCAACGACCACAUGAACCACAACGAUGGCACCUGCUGCAGUAAGCCUGAGACCACCACCAACCUCCAGAUAGUUGUGGCCGCGUUCUUCCUUGUCUGCUUAGUUUCCACAAUUGCAUUGCUGAUUUAUCGAAGGCGGCUUAGAAGAAAUGGACUUAAAAUUAGAACAGAGAACUGUCAGAGAAAUGGAGGCGUUGUCAAUGCGGAAACAUCUACCAAGGAGCUGGCACAAAGCUUGUAUGAGGUGCUGACAUCCCUCUCAAAAUUUGGCAUCAUCAUGGCCUAUUUCUACCUGUGUGACAGGACGGAUUUCUUCAUGAAGGAGAACAAGUACUACACACAUGUGAACUUCUUCCUACCUUUUGCCUACAUCAUGAUCCUGGGGUUCUUCUUCACUGAAAGCACAGAAAAAACAGAGAUGCUGCAUAGAGACCAGACUGACGAGUGGAAAGGAUGGAUGCAGCUUGUAAUUCUCAUUUACCACAUCACGGGCGCUAGCAAGAUUCUACCCAUCUACAUGCACAUCCGAGUUUUAGUGUCAGGUUACCUGUUCCUUACCGGGUUUGGUCAUUUCACUUACUUUUGGAAGAAAGGAGAAUAUGACCUGUUCAGAUACUGUCAGACUGGGUGUCGCUAUUUACCACAAUAUUGGAGCAUUAGGAACAAUGGGCUAAGAAGAAUGCUUGAAGUGCUGUUUCGUCUGAACUUCCUGGUGGUGGCGCUGUGUUUUGUGAUGAACCGCCACUACCAGUUCUACUACUUCGUGCCACUGGUGUCGUUCUGGUUCAUGGUCGUCUACGUCACCAUGGCAGUGUGGCCCCGGGUUACAGAGAAACAGGCCGAAGAGAGGACAAGAACCUACCUGUUCAUGAUAAUCAAGUUUAUUCUACUUGUUCUGGUCAUCACACUGUUCUUCAUUUCUGAGGUGUUCUUUGAGCGAAUAUUCUUGUUGCGACCAUUAAAGCCGUUGUUUGUGACGUCUGAUGACUCCAUCCAUGAAUGGAGAUUUCGAUGGCAGUUAGACAGAUUUAGUGUUCUAUAUGGAAUGAUAUUUGGGUUUGGCUACCACAUUUUGAAGCGCUACCGAAUGCUACAGGACACAGAAAACCGCAAUCUCUUCUCCACAUCAGUGUCGUGGUGUUUUGCAGGACUGGGCUGCAUAGGCUUAGCGAGUUAUGCGGCAUUUUCCGGACUUUGCCGUAAUAAACAAGAGUGCAAUGAAGUCCAUUCCUACAUCACUUUCAUUCCGAUUGUCUCGUUCAUACUAAUAAGAAACGUCUUCGGAAGUAUACGGACUAGAUACAGCUCCUUCUUUGCCUGGUUUGGACGUAUUUCAUUAGAGCUGUUCAUCUCCCAGUACCACAUCUGGCUGGCGGCAGACACUCACGGCGUGCUCGUCAUGAUUCCCAGCUAUCCUGUCCUCAAUGUCAUCCUGACUAGCUUCAUCUUCAUCUGCGUGAGCCACGAAAUCUUCAAAAUCACCACCACAUUAACCAAGUAUGCUGUGCCAUCGGAGUGGAAGGCCUUGCUAAGGAACAUGGUUGUGUUUGGACUCAUUUUGAUAUCGUUGGGAGUAUCUCGGGGUGUUAUUUGAUAGUUUGGGUGUUCGAAAGUACUGCGAUUUUUACCUUACAGGCAGUGUUGUUGGAGUGGACUGUGUGGCGAAGGAACAUGGUCAUGUUUUGGCAAAUUUUGAUAGCCGUUUUGGUAUCUUGUGGCGUUAUUUGAAUGUAAAAGAACAUUGUGAUCUUGAUCUUAUAAGCUGUGACUUUGGAAUUGAAUGUGUUUCAAUGAAACCUGGUCAUUUCUUCUGCGCCAAUUUGUAUACUUCACGAGAAAUCCUGUGGUGUAGUUCCAAAAUAACUGUGACCUUGACCUAGUUUGCUGUGCCCUUGGAGUGGAAUCUUUUGCAAAGGCAGGUGACAUUCGGUGACAUUUUUAUACCGUUAGGGGUGUUUCUUAGAGUGAAAAACAUUACUUAGAAAAAUUGUCAAGUAUAGGGUGCAUUUUAAUACAUUGUGCGCUUGGUGCAUUGUAUGACAUGAUUUGAGAGCUUUAAGAGUAGUUUUACUUAACCCUUUCAGUGCGGGAACCGAAUUUUGAAGGCCUUUGCAAACAGUUUGGAUCCUGACUCAGGAUCCAAACUGUUUGCUAUUCUGAUAGUAUUCUUUGAAAAAAAUCGAAGAAAAUGCUAAUUUUAGAAAUUCAGCAGACGACAUUUUAGCAGACGACAAAUUUCCCAGCAUGCAAAGGGUUAAGGCUACCAUGCCAGGAUUAGUGGUCAUUUUAAUGCUGAUUUUGCAACCCAAAAUUUGUGAUAUUUUUCUUUUGAGGUGUGCAUGAUAUAUUCAGUUUUGUUAGCUGGAAAUCAAUCAUACAUGUGUUAAGUGACAACUUGUGAAAACAGAUGUGCUCUAUGAGGCAUUGCUACUUUAUGUGUCGUGUUCUGAGAAAACUGGGCAUACUGCAUGUGCGUAAAGUGUCAUCCCAGAUUAGCCUGUGCAGUCUGCACUGGCUAAUCAGGGACAACACUCCGCCUAAAUUGGAUUUUUGCUCUCAAGAGACUUCAUUUCAACAAAAAAUGUCAUAAAAGCGAAAAGUGUCGUCCCUGAUUAGCCUGUACAGUCCGCACAGGCUAAUCUGGGACGACAAUUUACGCACAUGCAUUAUGCCCAGUUUUCUCAAAACGCGACUUAUAAUAAGACAUAUUUAUAAAACAACAUUCAGUUAUCACAAUGAAGAGUGGUCAUGGGGCCUGGUGUAAAAGCGGUACAUGCAUUUAAAAUGCUGUUCAACAAAUAUCCAUUUACAAAUAUUUGUAAACUAAAUGUGUUAUUGCUUUGUUAUGGGAAAAGAUUAAGGGAUCACAAAAUGUACACAGCGAAUUUUUUUUGCCCUAUUUUGAAAAGUACAAUUACCAGCCCAAUUGGGAAAAAUGUGCACGAAAAACCCCUAAAAUUUGGAAAAUUCGCAUUGUGAAGUAUAUUGGGAAAUUAGUGUAUUUGAUAUUUUGUUCCCAAAUACUUUAAAAUUGAUAACUAAGUGUUGUAAAUAUUAUUUUUACUUAGGUUCAAGCCAUAGCGCUCCAAACAUAACCAACUAAAUGUUUAAUUUAUUUAUUAAAAAAAAAAAAUUAAAAAAAUUUGGAAACCAAUUAGGAUUUUUUGACAGCAACCAGAAAUGUGUAGUUUUUUUCUUAUUGUGAAAUUGCCGUUGUCCAAUACAGAAGGAAAAAAUUGCUGGUACAGGAUUCUGCUCAAAAGGGACAUUGUGGAAGGUCUCAACUUUCUGGUGACAAUAUCUUAUUAUUUUUAUAAAUAAACAGAAUUUCUUAGCCUUACACUUGUAAUUAAAGUUGUAAGGCCUGAGCUAUAUAUAGCCGUUGGUUAUUUGCCGAAAUAUAUUAAUUUUCAACAGAUUUUCAAAUGUUUUUUUUUUCCAAAUGGACAGCACCCUUUUUGUAUGCCAGGUCUUGUACUAGUUGCUUUACUUGUACGUUUAUGAUUGUAUGUAAUUAUGAGAUUGAAUUAGUGAACACAUAUAAACAUGUUAUUUAUUGGCAGUUUAUCAUUCUUUUUAUUAUAUCACCUGAGCACAGCGUGCUAAUGGUAAGCUUUUGUAAUCACCUUUUUUCCGUAGUCGCGCGUUUUCAACUUUUAACUUGUUUACGCUUUAGAGGUCACAUUUAUUAUCCAAUCUUCAUUAAACUUGGUCAGAACAUGUGCCCCAAUUAUGUCUUGGAUGAGUUUGAAAAUGGUUCCGACCAGUCGAAAAAACAUGGCCACCGUGGGGCGGGACUGUUUACCUAUAAUGGCUAUAGUAAAACCUUGUUACAUGUAACACUCUAGAAGCCACAUUUAUUAUCAAAUCUCAAUGAAACAUGGUCAGAACAUCAGUUUUAAUGAUAUCUUAGAUGGUGUAGAACCGGUCUGUUGAAAAACAUGGACACCAGGGGGCUGGGCAUUUUUCCUUAUAUUGCUAUAGUAAAACCUUUUUUUAAAUCGCUCGAUUGAUAGUAAUUUUCGAAAAUAUUACUUUAACAUCAUAAUUUGUUUAUCACCAGUUUACUAGGUGAGAAAAGUUCAACACAUAUCGUUACUUGACAAGACACAACAGCAGUACUUGAUAUGUUCAAUAUUUUAAUGAGAGUAGUUUGGUACCAUAUUAUUUAUUAUUUAUAUUUUAUAAGAAGUCUAGAUCAUGAUAAAUACAUAGUGCAUUGUCAACUUUUAAGAAAACGUUGUUUAAGUUGCAACAAAUAUUUUUCACCUUUUGGUACAAACAUUAUUUUUGUUAACUUUUAAAGAAAGAAACCUUUGUAUAUAUGUAUGUAUUCCCCAACUAUAAUAUGUUUUAACAUAAGAUUGUUGUUGUUUAUAAACCUCAUUCCCUUUUGCCCAUAGCCUGUAGUCGAAGAGCAUUGCAUCAAAUUGCAUUGUAGUGUUUCAAACAUGCCCGUCUUUCAUAUUUAGUGAACAACUUUCCUACUUAGUGUGUUCAUCACUUUUUUUGCAUUUUUUAAUGAAUGUGUUGAUAAUUUGUUGGUUUUUAUGUCUAGUGUGUUCAUUAAGAUUCUUAACCCCACAUGUUUUUUGAAUUGGUGAUUUGUGAUUUUGAAAAGAAUGUUUCACAAAAAUAUCUUCUAUAAUUACCCUCUUACCUCUGAUUUAAAAAGGCAGUUCGUCAACUUGUCAGUUACUGGCAUAAGUAUGUGCACUUAGUACAGGGGGUGAAGAAUCAAUGGGGUUUUCAGGGACUUACACACAGGCGGGACAAAAUGUAAACACACCAUUAAGAACUUUAUUUUUGCCAAUAUCUCAAGGUAUUUUAAUACAUUUGCAAAAAUCUUUAGUGCACUGAAGACAGUUUUUCUUGAAGUUUUAGCCGAUAUCUUAAGGUAGAAGAAUAAAUCCUUGAAUACUUCUGAAAUUGGUUACAAAAUUUCACCUUGUGUGAAGCAUAAUCGCGCAGUUUACAUGGAAUUUUUUUACAAGAACACGGGCUUAUUGUAUUAAGUUAUUCUGAUGUAUAACAGUAUUUCACAUUGCCAUAAGCAUCAUACACAUGUAAAUCUGUUUUCUAUGCACAAGUUACAAUUCGUAAGAAAAAUGGUUUUAAAAAGGUUAUAAGGAAAAAAGUGUCACUUACCAGUGUGUUCACAACCAUUAAUGUUUAAUUGGGAACCCACCAAAGUCACGUGACCCUGCACCCUGGUACAGGUAAACCAAAAAACAUAUAAAGUGUGAGUUUAUUAGCUGUCUGCCUUAUAUGAAUGGAAUACUUAUGAAAAUGGUGAAGAAAACAAAGCAAACCAACUUUACAGCCAAACUAGGCUAUCUUCAAUGUCAGUUUCUACAUAAACCAUACUAUAAUAAAUCAACUUGUGUGAGCAGAACUGAAGCCUGUAUUAAAUUACCUAAAAGCAAUAAAAAAACUGAAGUUAGAAAAAUUAGUGAAAUGUAAAAAGAAAUCAAGAUUUCACACGUAUUUGACAGUAUAUUUUCUAGUUACAGAGACAAGAGUCUUGUUUUCAUUUGUGCCAUUCUAAUAAUUGUUUAAUUUAUUGAAAAUAGUAAAAAUUAUUGAUAAAGUCAAAUUUGGUGGCUAUUAAAUUUCUUGUAACAUGGUUUAAUGAGAUUUAUAAUUAAUGCAAUUGUUUUCUCAUUAACCGAUUUGUGAUUCCAAUCAAAAUAUAAUAAAACAUAUUUUUAACUGUAAUGUGCAAUUAUAUAUAAGUUUAUUAAUUAUUAGUUUCGUGUUGUUUUUUUGUCAUUAUGAUUUACCCAUUUUGUAAUUAAAAGUAAUAAUUAAUUGUUAAUCUUUAAUGUAACGUACAUUUUAACUGUGAGUUAAUGGUAUUUAAAAUUGUAUUUUCUGCUUAUUUUUGUUGGUAAUUGCGGUAGGCUUGCCCACUUAUGUACAGAAUAUCACACGAAAUCACUGAAGUUUCUUCCAGAAUUGUUUGUAGCACACACCCACCUCAUUUGCUUUUAGUAAUGUAACUGUUUAUUUGAGUCUUGUUCUGAGAAAACUGGGCAUAAUGCAUGUGCGUAAAGUGCCGUCCCAGAUUAGCCUGUGCAGUCCGCACAGACUAAUCAGGGACGACACGUUCCACCUAAACUUGAUUUUUGGUAAGGAGGGACUUCCUUGAAACUAAAAAUACCAUAAAAGCGGAAAGUGUCGUCCCUGGGACGACACUUUCCGCACAUGCAUUAUGCCCAAUUUUCACAGAACAAGACACAUUUUGUUACUAGUUGUUUUGUAAUUAUUGCAUUUACGAAAUCAUGUGUACUGAUAUGUUUUGCAAAUAAAAUCAAUCCAAUUAAA